GUAGGGACUUGAGCACCUGAGUGCAUGUUUACAACAGAAAAAAAGUGCCCUUAGUGUGGACUGGGGCUGGGGGAGGGCAAGGUGAAUGUGCCGUGUUGAAACCGAAGGACGGGAAACGCUGCCUCGCUGUCCCCAGAGAAGCGCGGUCCGUGGCCCGUGGCGCGGCCGCCCCAGGACCGUCCGGAGGGAACAUGGCGGCGCCCGGCGUCCGGAGCCGCAGCCUCGCGGGCCUGCUCCCGGCUCAGACCUCGCUGGAGUACGCCCUGCUAGAUGCCGUCACCCAGGAGGAGAAGAGCAGCCUGGUCUACCAGUAUCUGCAGAAGGUGGACGGCUGGGAGCAGGACCUGUCAGUGCCCGAGUUUCCGGAAGGGUUAGAAUGGCUGAACACGGAGGGGCCUAUUUCUGUUUACAAGGAUCUGGGCGGAAAAGUGGUCAUCCUUGAUUUCUUCACCUACUGCUGCAUAAACUGCAUUCACCUACUGCCUGAUCUCCAUGCCUUAGAACACACCUACUCGGAUAAAGACGGUCUUCUGAUUGUUGGUGUUCACUCGGCUAAGUUUCCAAAUGAAAAAGUCCUGGAUAACAUUAAGAGUGCUGUUCUUCGAUAUGACAUCACCCACCCUGUGGUUAACGAUGCAGAUGCCAGCCUUUGGCAAGAACUGGAGGUGUCCUGCUGGCCAACUGUGGUCAUACUUGGACCCCGUGGAAACAUGUUGUUUUCGUUGAUUGGAGAGGGACACAAAGAGAAAUUGUUUUUGUAUACUUCAAUAGCUUUAAAGUAUUACAAAGACAGGGGACAGAUCAGAGCUAAUGAAAUUGGAAUAAAACUCUAUAAAGAUUCUUUGCCACCUUCACCAUUGCUGUUUCCUGGCAAAGUAACAGUAGACCAUCUUUCUAAGAGACUGGUAAUAGCAGACACUGGACAUCAUAGAAUUUUGGUCGUCUGGAAGAAUGGACAAAUUCAGUACAGCAUUGGAGGACCCAAUCCUGGAAGAAAAGAUGGAAUAUUUUCAGAGUCAACUUUUAAUUCACCACAGGGUGUAGCCAUAAUGAACAAUAUCAUAUAUGUGGCAGAUACUGAAAACCACCUUAUAAGAAAGAUUGACCUAGAAGCUGAGAUGGUGAGCACUGUAGCUGGCAUUGGUAUUCAAGGUACAGAUAAAGAAGGUGGAGCUAAAGGAGAGCAACAGCCCAUUAGUUCCCCAUGGGAUGUAAUUUUGGGAUCAUCAGGUUCAGAGGUCCAAAGAGAUGACAUUCUGUGGAUAGCCAUGGCAGGGACUCAUCAGAUAUGGGCACUCCUACUGGACUGUGGCCGACUACCAAAGAAAAAUGACUUAAAAAAAGGAACCUGCCUUCGGUUUGCUGGAAGUGGAAAUGAAGAAAAUCGAAAUAAUGCAUAUCCUCACAAGGCAGGUUUUGCCCAACCUUCAGGUCUCUCUCUGGCCUCCGAAGAUCCCUGGAGCUGUCUGUUUGUAGCUGAUAGUGAGAGCAGCACUGUGAGAACCGUUUCACUGAAAGAUGGAGCAGUGAAGCACCUUGUAGGAGGAGAAAGAGAUCCCAUGAACUUAUUUGCUUUUGGUGAUGUUGAUGGAGUAGGAAUCAGUGCAAAGCUUCAGCACCCCCUUGGAGUAACGUGGGACAAGAAAAGGAAUUUACUUUAUGUGGCAGACUCAUACAAUCACAAGAUUAAAGUUGUGGAUCCAAAAACAAAACAGUGUACAACAUUAGCAGGAACUGGAGAUGCAAGUAAUGUCAGUUCCAGUUUCACCGAGUCGACCUUUAAUGAACCAGGAGGCCUGUGUAUUGGAGAGAAUGGCGAGUUACUAUAUGUAGCAGACACAAAUAAUCAUCAGAUUAAAGUGAUGGAUUUAGAAACAAAAACGAUUUCUGUGCUCCCGGUCUUCGGCUCUGGAAAUGCUGUGGUAGAUGGCCCGUUCCUAGUAGAAAAAGUAGAAAAACAGACAGUACCCAAACUACCAAAAUCAGCUCCAGCCGUUCAACUCCCCCCCGUGGCUGCAUCUCCAGGACAGACUCUGCAGUUCCAGCUGAGAUUAGACCUCCCGUCAGGAACAAAGCUCACUGAAGGGGCACCCAGUUGCUGGUUUCUAACAGCUGAAGGCAAUGAAUGGCUUCUUCAAGGACAGGUGCCAUCUGGCGAAAUAGAGAACAUUGCCAAUCAACCAACCAUCUCACUGCAGAUUCCUGGGAAUUGCUUGUCACCUGAAGCCGUUAUAUCUGUCAGCGUGUUUCUUUAUUACUGCAGCGCAGACAGCAGUGCCUGUAUGAUGAAGGGAGUUUUGUUCAGUCAGCCUUUACAGAUAAGUGAUGCACAGCAAGGCUGCACAGCUCCAGUAGAGCUCAAGUACGCGUUUUAGCAAACUAGCUAGCAACCGGUCUCCACAGCCAUCUGUUCUCCAUCCUCACUGUCACUGUAACUUAUGACAAGAAACUUCACUCCUGCCUCUGGAUACCAAGAAACCCACUGCUCAGUUCUAGCAGCUGAUAGUAAAGUACAGCUAUGCUCCUUAUUUAAUUAUUUAUUAUAAGCAAAUUCCUUUGUUCUGGCUGUACCAACUAAGUCACUGACUGUUGUCUGAACUAUGUUGUAAUCUAUGCUGCUAUUUGACACAUGACUUAAGUCCACACUUAGAGUAUAGAAUAUUAUGAGAUAAUUUGCAGUGCUUGCUGAUAACAAUGAUAUCAAAUAUUUUAACUAACUUUUUCUACCUUUAUUAAUAGCGAGCAGCACACUUGAAUGUGUAAUUUCACAAUAACUUUAAAGAGUACCAUAGAUCCAGUCCACAUGUUCGUAUAAGGACACCUGACAUUCAGGGCAUAAGGUCUGUUCUAAGCCUCUCCCUCCCCCCAAAAUCUUUCCUCAGAGUAGAAGCUUAGAGGACCUGGGUGGUAAAUGUGUUCUUCGUUCUCUUCUGCGGUUUUCUCAGUUGAAAUACAUUGAAAAGAGAAUUUCUAUUUUUAUUAUGUUACUUGCUCUUCUAACUUACCAUUGUUAAUGCCUUACAACUCUAUACAGAAAAGUCUCUAAGGACAUACAGACUCACUCCCUUAACUGUUUCCUGAAUGAACAGCCUUACCAGGCAAUGAAUGAGUCCUCAGAAAUAGGACUUUCAAAGAGAAAGGAUUUAGAGUCACAUUCCUGUGAUAUUUUUUAAUGAUAAAGAAUUGUGACAGCUGAAUCAUGGUCUGUGUGUUUUAGAAAUUCACAUUUUAUGUGUAGACAUUAAAUGCAGAUUUGUUGGGUUCCAGGAUUUUCAGGUCCCAUAUUCAGAAUUUAAGUUAACGAUCAUUUAUUGUGAUAUUUUUAAAAAUUAAUUCUAAGCCUUCAAAGUGAAUUCCAUGUAAUGCACUUUCAUGCUAUUAAUAUGUAUAGUAUAUAUCCUAAUAUGUUACUCUUUAAAAUAUUAAGGUUGAAACAUACAGGGAUUUGAUAACACUUGGAGUUUUUUUAAACCCCAAAAGAUAUUGAAAGUUUUUUUUAAUCAUAAUUUCUCUUUAUAACUAUUUAAAAGCCUAUUCUUAUUUUUACUAAAACUGAUUCAACAGGUUUGUGGUUUAAUCAGCUUACAAGUUUUUUUAAAUCAGAUGAACCACAUUCAAUAAAUAUUUAUGGACAGUAUCCCUUUCCCCCUUCCAAAACAGUGCUAAAAUUUGAAAUAUAAUCUUCUAAGCACCACCAUCUACCUAUUUUCUUAUAUUUUUUGAAAUAUAAUUGAACAUCCUACCUCUCUUUAUUCAGGUUACCUAAAUCUCUGCAGUAAGGAAAUGCACAGAUCAGGACUUGGACUUCAUUUGUAACCUGCUAGUGCUAUUUAAAGAGAGGUAGAAAUGUAAAGAAUUGUUUAAAAUUAUAUGUAUUUACCUCAUAAACCUUUCCUCAAAAUAAAAAAAAAAAAAGUUCUAUAAUAAAAGGCAAAUAGGCCAUGGCCAUUUUUUAAUACCACUUGAUUAUGAUACUUCUCAUUGCCAGUCGGAUAGGAUGAGAAUAUUUUUACUUUAUCUUUUCCUAUUUAAGGAUAUAAACAUUUUCACUCUCUAAAAUAAGUUUAUACAAUUUUAACUUGAUAAUCCAGAUAUAUCUGCUAAUAAUUUUUUAACAUUGUACACAAAUUGUAUUGUAUGUAUUUUCAUGUACAUUAAAAACCCAAAAAUAUUUGUUUAGA